UGGGGUUUACCACGACACAAAAAUCUGGUUUACGGCAUACGUUGAACUACAGUCACGCAUGCGCACUUUGUUGACCUUCUUUCCCUGCGAAGCAUGGCUGCCCGGGCGCUUACAAAAGGUCUGCUGGGCUUGCGACAUGUUCGGGGCGCCGCGGUUAAAUUCUCCAACAGUGGACAUAACUUUGUUGCUGCGUCCCCCAUGAAAUCGCCAGAAGCACAAACUGACUCGGUCACAGAGAAAAUCCUGACCCUGCCUCUGGAGCAGCCGGACCUUUUCCGUGUGUCGGAGCUGUUCACCGUGAAGGACUUGUUCGAUGCCAGAGUGCAUCUUGGACACAAGAAAGGCUGCAGGCACAGGCUCAUGGAACCGUAUCUGUACGCCUCCAGUCUGGACCACGAUGUCAUCGACCUGGACAAAACCGCGGAGCACCUCCGGCUGGCUCUGAACGUCACGGCUCAAACCGCGUACCGCAGUGGCAUCAUCCUCUUCGUCAGCCGCCGCCGGCAGUUCUGCCACCUGGUGGAGACCACGGCCAAGGACUGCGGGGAGUACGCACACACGCGGUACUGGCAGGGGGGGCUCCUCACCAACGCUCACAUCCAGUACGGCCCCGGAGUCCGCCUGCCUGACCUCAUCGUCUUCCUGUCCACCCUGAACAACGUGUUCCAGCAGCACGUGGCCAUCAGAGAUGCCGUCAAGAUGAACAUUCCCACCAUCGGCGUGGUGGACUCGAACUGCAACCCCAGCCUGAUCACGUACCCGGUGCCAGGGAACGACGACACUCCGGUUGCCAUGGAGCUCUACUGUCGCUUGUUCAAGAUGGCCAUCAACAGAGCCAAAGACAAACGGAGACAGAUGGAGCUCCUUUAUGGCCUGUCAGAACCCUCAUCAGCCAGCUCCUGAUGUACUGUUCUGCUAAAGACGAGCUGUAAAAAAAAAAAUGUAUAUAAAACAGCCCUGUUCUAAAGAAUUUGCUCUGUGUUGGGUGACUUCAGAAGUCUCUGUGUAUAUUGUUCAUUAAAAGAGGAAUCUUGUUACU